AUGCAUCUAUUGACUCCAAAACCUCAACUCAAUUUUCUCCUAUGGUCAAUCAAACGGUAUUCUACUGCACUCUAUCUGUCUCAUCUGCACACCCAACCCGUCUAUCCCUCCACAAAUGAUGCCGUUGAGCAAGUCUUCCGCAUAAUUACCACCUCAUCCACACCACAAUCCCUUAGAAACUCCCUUAAAACCUCCCAAAUCCCGCUCUCAAACGACUUAGCUGAUAAAGCCCUAAAAAGGGUCCGUUUUUCCCACUCCAACCCACAACAAGCAUUGGAAUUUUUCAAAUUUGUUUCUAGAAAAAAAGGCUUUUUUCACACUCCAUACUCUUUGGACACAAUGCUAUACAUUCUUGGUAGAAGCCGUAAAUUCAAUGAAAUAUGGGACCUUUUGUUGGAAACUAAGAGGAAGGACCAGUCUUUAAUAACACCGAGGACCGUUCAAGUUGUUUUGGGUAGAAUAGCUAAAGUUUGUUCGGUCAGGCAGACGGUUGAGUCGUUUAAAUGGUUUAGAAAGCUCAUUUUUAAGUUUGAUGCUAGUUGUUAUAAUGCAUUGCUAAGGACAUUGUGCCAAGAAAAGAGCAUGAGUGAUGCUAGGAAUGUGUAUCACAGUUUGAAGCAUGAGUUUAGGCCUGAUUUACAGACUUUUAAUAUCCUGUUGUCAGGAUGGAAGUCGCCUGAGGAAGCUGAAGCAUUUUUUGCGGAAAUGAAGGACAUGGGGGUUGAGCCGGAUAUUGUGUCCUAUAAUUGCUUAGUAGAUGUGUAUUGUAAGGGAAGACAGAUUGAGAAUGCUGUUAAGGUAAUGAACAAAAUGAGGGAGGAAGGGAUUGAUUUAGAUGUGAUAACAUAUACUAGUUUGAUUGGGGGGCUGGGAUUGGUGGGUCAACCGGAUAAGGCAGCAGAGGUUUUAAAGGAGAUGAAGGAAUAUGGGUGCUAUCCGGAUGUCCCAGCAUAUAAUGCUGUUAUUCGAAACUUUUGCAUUGCUAAGAGGUUAGGAGAUGCAUAUAAAUUGAUGGAUGAAAUGGUGGGAAAGGGAUUGAGUCCGACUGCUACAACUUAUAACGUGUUCUUUAGGUCUUUUUAUUGGGCAAAUGAUAUGAGGAGCUCCUGGAGCUUAUAUAUGAGGAUGAGGGAGACAGGGUGCUUGCCUAAUACACAAUCAUGCAUGUUUUUGAUUCGUUUGAUGAGGAGGCAGGAGAAGGUGGAGAUGGCGCUCGAGUUAUGGAAUGAUAUGGUGGAUAAGGGUUUUGGGUCGUACAUUUUGGUUUCUGACAUUUUACUCGAUUUGCUCUGUGAUUUGGGAAAGUUGGAGGAGGCUGAGAGGUGCUUCUUGCAGAUGGUGGACAAGGGCCAGAAGCCCAGUAAUGUUUCCUUCAAGAGGAUCAAGGUGCUUAUGGAAUUGGCUAACAGGCAUGAGGACCUUCAGAUUUUGUUCGAGAAGAUGUCUGCUUUUGGUUCAUCAAUCCAGCUAAGAAGAAGUGAAGUGGAUGAAUUAGAAAGGCCUAUUUCAGAUUUUAUUUCCAGCUAA